CAUAUUUACUUCCCUUUGAAAUACUUACACCAUUUGUACAGAAUUUAAUAUUUGGAGCAUGUUCAUGAUGUUAAUCAGUUUACGAGUUUCAUUGUGUCAACAAAUUCUAAUAUUUACUGUGUAACUUGAACCUUUAUUAUUAUGCUAAGUUGAAAUACAGAAAGUGUGAUGUACAAAAAACUUGUAACUAAAGGGACAACAGACUAUUGUUAUCUGAAAGUAAGACUGGAUUUUGAAGAUGUGGACCUGCAAAUAAGUGCAUUAGAUUUCAAGCAGAUUGUUAUAGAGGCUGUAACUUCCCUUUUUGGACUGGCAGGGGCAGCCACAUUGAUUGACAUAUUGAGAUAUGAUGAGCAUGAACGUACAGCAAUCAUUAGAAUUUAUCACAAGUGUUUGACAAAGAUAUGGUCAUCCCUAAGUUUCUAUGGUAAAUAUAGGGGACGUGCUUGUGCAUUUCGGGUGCUGCAGGUUUCAGCACAUCUGAUGGCCAUGGCAUGUAACAGUAGAUCUAUGAGUUUAGAGUUGGAAUAGCUGUUAUAUAAAUGAUGGAAUACUUGAAACUGAACUGUCUAGUAUCUAAUAAUAACAUAGACCUAGUAAGAAAAAUAUUUGUGACAAAAGCAAUUAGCCAAAUUUUCAUCAAAAUUGCAAAUUAAAAAUGAAUAUAUAAAAGUGAACAAUAAUCCUACUAGGAAGGUUACUAGUAAUCAAAUUAGAUUUUGAAAUGGAUAUUUGGAAAAAUAUCAUUAUUAAACAUCUUGGAAGAAAGGUAGCAAGGCAUUGGGAUAGCUUCAUGAUGGACAUACUGGCUGUUGACAAAGGAAUCAAGCCUGCAUAUCUGUAUGAUAUAGGUCAGCCAAAUGGAAAACAACUUGUGGAGUUUCUAAAAGAUCUAAAAGAGAAGGAGUUCAUUAUGAAUAAUCUUAAUGUAAUAGAAAUUGAAAUGGAUUGUUUAAUAGUGAAUACUGAUGAAUUGAAGCAAAUUGUUCCUCUAAUUGGCAUUAAUGAGAGAUUAAUUGAUGUGUCUGAAUAUCUUAAGGAACCAGAGAUAUGUGGUAUUGGAGAUGCUGCUAAAAGUAUUAAAGAAAAUCUUGAGAAUUUGAUAGUAGAGCUGGACUGCUGCAAGGUGAAGUUUUUGUCCGGCUGUUGUUUAACAUGUAAUAUAUCCAGUCUUUUUGGUGUGUUGUUAAAUUACCCAGUUGUCUAUUGGUUUGACAGUCAAGAUGGCAAGGGAGGCAAUUGUUUAUCAAUGGAAAGACUGACCAAUGUAAAGGUUGAAAUUUGCUGUGUUCAGAGAUAUGGACAGAAUUCAAAAGAAAGACCAAAAAGUCAUUGUCUGUACUCAUUUAGUUAUCCAUCAUGUCUUAGCAUUAUCUGUAGACCUUUUGUUGACCAAUGGUUUCAUAGACUGAGGGAUAGAGUCAAUGAACAAGACCUGUUUUCUAAUGUAACAAUCAAAUUUGAAGAAGUUAUUCUAGAAGCUGUUUGUUUAUGAAAAUAUAUCUGGCUGUUGUGUAAUUUCAACAUGGGACUAUUUUCAAUGAUGCAAAGUGAACUUUGGGAAGAUGUUAGCAAUCAUUGGUAAUACUAGUAUCAGGACUGCAUAAUUACUAAAAACUUAAAUAUUGUAUCAAAUAUGGUUUAAUUAUAAAUCAUAAAAUGUACAUGAUUAAAAAGUUAACAUACAUUUGGUGUUGAUAUUAUAAUACAAUGUAUAAUACUGCAUUUUACAGUAUUCAUGUGAAUUACAAUGCACUUACAUUAUUAUUAUCAUCAUCAUUUUUAUUAUACGCCCGUUUGAAAAACGGGACGUAUUAUGGGAACGCCCCUGGCGGGCGGGCGGGCGGCGUCCAAUUUUGUCCGGAGCAUAUCUCCUACAUGUAUGGAGGGAUUUUAAUGAAACUUCAUAGAAAUGUUCACCACUAUGAGGAGCAGUGUCGCGCACAUGAACCAGGUCUCUAGGUCAAAGGUCAAGGUCACACUUAGAGCUCAUUGAAAAAUGCUUGUCCGGAGCAAAACUUCCACAUGUAUAGAGGGAUUUCAAUAUUACUUGGCACAAAUGUUCACCAUUGUGAGGCGGAGUGUCGCGCGCAAGAUUCAGGUCCUUGCGGCCAAGGUCAAGGUCACACAUAGAGGUCAAAGUUCAGAUAAAAAUAUGAAAAUGUGUAUAUGGACCAUUUAGUCAUCAUUUAUUGAGGGAUUGUAACACAAAUGGUCAUUAUCAAGACUAUGGCUGUGAUACAUAUAAUUUAGGUCAAUAUAUACAAGGUCAAGGUCACUAAAGAUGAUGAAAUAUCCAGAUUUUGUCCAGAGCAUAUCUCCUACAUGUAUGGAGGGAUUUUAAUGAAACUUCAUAGAAAUGUUCACCACUAUGAGGAGCAGUGUCGCGCACAUGAACCAGGUCUCUAGGUCAAAGGUCAAGGUCACACUUAGAGCUCAUUGAAAAAUGCUUGUCCGGAGCAAAACUUCCACAUGUAUAGAGGGAUUUCAAUAUUACUUGGCACAAAUGUUCACCAUUGUGAGGCGGAGUGUCGCGCGCAAGAUUCAGGUCCUUGCGGCCAAGGUCAAGGUCACACAUAGAGGUCAAAGUUCAGAUAAAAAUAUGAAGAUGUGUUAAUGGACCAUUUAGUCAUCAUUUAUUGAGGGAUUGUAACACAAAUGGUCAUUAUCAAGACUAUGGCUGUGAUACAUAUAAUUUAGGUCAAUAUAUACAAGGUCAAGGUCACUGAAGAUGAUGAAAUAUCCAGAUUUUGUCCGGAGCAUAUCUCCUACAUGUAUGGAGGGAUUUUAAUGAAACUUCAUAGAAAUGUUCACCACUAUGAGGAGCAGUGUCGCGCACAUGAACCAGGUCUCUAGGUCAAAGGUCAAGGUCACACUUAGAGCUCAUUGAAAAAUGCUUGUCCGGAGCAAAACUUCCACAUGUAUAGAGGGAUUUCGAUAUUACUUGGCACAAAUGUUCACCAUUGUGAGGCGGAGUGUCGCGCGCAAGAUUCAGGUCCUUGCGGCCAAGGUCAAGGUCACACAUAGAGGUCAAAGUUCAGAUAAAAAUAUGAAGAUGUGUAUAUGGACCAUUUAGUCAUCAUUUAUUGAGGGAUUGUAACACAAAUGGUCAUUAUCAAGACUAUGGCUGUGAUACAUAUAAUUAAGGUCAAUAUAUACAAGGUCAAGGUCACUGAAGAUGAUGAAAUAUCCAGAUUUCGUCCAGAGCAUAUCUCCUACAUGUAUGGAAGAAUUUUUAUAAUACUUUAUGGAAAUGUUCACCACCAUGAUAUGUAUUGCUCCAUGCAUGAUCCAGGUCUCCAGGUCAAAGGUCAAGUUCACACUUAGAGCUCAUUGAAAAACGCUUGUCCGGAGCAAAACUUCUACAUUCAUAGGGGGAUUUCAAUAUAACUUGGCACAAAUGUUCACCAUUGUGAGGCUGAGUGUCGCACGCAAAAUUCAGAUCCCUGCGACCAAAGUCAAGGUUACACAUAGAGGUCAAAGUUCAGAUAAAAAUUUGAAGAUGUGUAUAGGGACCAUUUAUUCAUCAUUUAUUGAUGGAUUGUAGCACAAAUGGUAACUAUCAUGACUACAGGUGUGACACAUUUAAUUUAGGUUAAUAUUUGCAAGGUCAAGGUCACUGGAGAUGAUUAAAUAUCCAGAUGUUGUCCGGAGCAUAUUUUCUACAUGCAUGGAGGAAUUUUAAUGUUACUUUAUAGAAUUGUUCACCACCAUGAGACGUAGUGCCCUGCACAUGAACCAAGUCUCUAGGUCAAAGGUGAAGGUCACAGUUAGAGUUCAUAGAAAAACGCUUGUCUGGAGCAAAACUUCUACAUGCAGAGAGGGAUUUCAAUAUAAUUUGGCACAAAUGUUCAUCAUUGUGAGGCUGAGUGCCGUGCAUAAAAUUCAGGUCCCUGCGACCAAGGUCAAGGUCACACAUCCUGUGCAUAUCUUCCCUACUGAUUUGUUUUAAGGUUCAUUUAACAACACAGUGCCAAGGAUAAAAACUUGCUUGCUAGAUAACACUUAUCCAUAAUGCCCCCAUCUCCAUCUAAAGCUUUCGUAAACGGGCGUAUUUUGUGACUAUGGCACCCUUGUUAUUAAUAUGAGUAGGUAAAGUAUUUUGCAAGGUUUGUUUAUAAUAAUCAAGGUAAAAUAAAACGUGCUUACAAUAUUGUUUACUAACAUAGGUUAUGUAUUUGCAAUGCAUUUAUUUUUCAAUAAAAAAGGGUGCAUAUUGACUAUAUUAAUGUUUUUGUUUUUCUUAGUUUUGAAAAAUGACUAAACUUUGGAAAAAUAUU